GGAAGAGUGAGAACGCUGCAAACGCACCACUCAAAAACAGGAAAACUCCCUCCUUCCCAAAAGGCGGAGGGCAGGCCGAGGAGUGCACCCAGCAGGCUUUCAGCACACUCUGCCUGCAAUGCCAAAGCUCUCUCAACCGUGACUUCAUUUUCAGCAGGAUCAAGACGUUAGUCAGUUUGUAUUUCAUCCUUUACAGUCGGUCGUGCCAUCGAUGGGGGAAGGGAAAAGAAGAGACGUAAAAUCAAAAGAGGAGGUUUAAAAGGAGAGGGAAGUUAGAGCUUGACAACGUCUGAGGGAGGAGACAAUCUGUGGGACAAAAUAACAAAGUCUAAGGAAACCAUGCCAGCAGGAGAGUACCAAUGGAGACAUUUUUUCCUGGUUAUAUUGGCCUUGCCACUAGUGCUGGAGGUGCAGAGAGUCCAGAGCUGCUGGACUGGUACAGGAUCAGAGUGUGAGAAAGCUCCUUUUGUCCCAGGCCACAACCUUGCUGGGGAGGGUUUUGAUGUCGUCCGCCUGCGUCGAACAGGAGCGUAUAUUAUUAAUGUCAAAGCACAUCUGGCUGACAACGGUACCUGCACGCUGUGUCCAAACCGCUUCCAAAAAGAACAGAUCCAGAGGCUGCCAGCUGCAGUGCUCGACUGGCGGCCCUUCAGCCGCUGCACCAAGCAGCUUUCCAGUGCUCUCCACCACUCUGUGGACUCGCUGCUCCGCAGCUCCAGCUCCCUCGUCAACAACAACUGGGGUUUGGGUUUGAGCCUCGAUAGCUACGGCCAGGCAGUGAUGAGAGGAAGUCGCUCAGAUUUGGCCAAGUUCGCUCGUUUGCAGCACAGUGUGGACAAGGCUACUUUUGCCAUUCAUGAAAUCAGCUGCACCUACUACAGCUACAGGCUGGCUGAUCAUCCUCAGCUGAGUGCAGAGUUCACGAAGCAUCUGAAGAGACUCCCACAGAGUUUAAACACGACUCAGGACAGAGCUCUGUACAGACGGCUCAUAGACACCUACGGAACACAUUAUAUACACCAGGUCCAGCUUGGUGGGAAGGUGAAGCGAAUCACUGCCUUCAGGACCUGCCUGGCCACAUUGAAGGGGUUCUCAGAUUCAGAGAUCAAAAACUGCCUGAACCUUGAGCUCCGUAUGGCUCUCGGCUUCCUCCCUGCUAACGCGUCUUUCUCAAACAAGUGUGAAACCCUCGUGAAGGGGAAUAUGAGCAUGGGCUUCUACCAGGGCUUCAUGACACAUAAGACCGAGGUUAUCGGAGGGGAGAGAUACUUUCCUGACAUCCUCUACCAUCAGGACCCAUCGGAAGCAUACCAGAGCUGGAUGAACAGUCUCCAUGACAACCCUGAUGUGGUUUCUUAUGCCAUCUUCCCUCUGCACCAUUUGGUGGAAAACCCGGAGAUCAGUGCUAAUCUGAAAACCAUGGUAACAGAGUACAUUAAAGGCAGCCAGUUGCAAGAGCACCAGCUCGGUUCCAAGAACUGCUCCCCAACCCCCAACCUGGACCAUAACUGUUGCCCUCUCAGGGCAGGCAGAGGAACGCUGAGUCUAGAGAUGCACAGGGCGGCCGGGCUGAGGGCCGACACCUUCACAAAAACAGACGCCUACGUGAAGAUUUUCUACGAUGGCGUGUACGAGGAGACGGAAACGGUGAUGGAUAACAAUGACCCCGUGUGGAAUGCCACUUAUGAUUUUGGUUCAGUGGAGCUGGGUCAAGAAUUGAGGUUUGAAGUCUGGGACAGAGAUGUCCUUUAUAAUGACAUGGCGGGGCGAUGCAUCAUCUAUCCGGAGAGAGGAAGGCAUUCGUUAGGUUGCCAGCUGCGCAAAGGAGUUCUCUAUUUCAGCUACACCAUUACGUGUGACGCUCAUUUGACGGGUUUCCGGUGCGGACGGUACUCUCCAAAUGCCGAGUAGGUUUUUCUCCAUUCAGGGUUUUAAUACCUGGUGUGCUAUUUUUUCCAAUGAAGUCCUAGUAAAUUGCAAUUUAGGUAGAAACCCUUUUGCAUCUGAUCUCGCAAUCCAUUUUUGAUCAUUUUGAUGCCAGUAAGACUCCAAAAAAGGAGUUUUCUGUUUCUGUGUAAAUGCAUGUAAUGUAAUGGCUCCAUAAUAACCAGCCAACAUCAAAGACCUUGUCCAAUCUUUGUAAAUGCCAAAUAAAGACCCGUUGAUUGAGGACUCAA